GAUCGAUAUAUAAGGAUCGGGAUGUCUACUACUCCAAGGGCAAGGCCAAUUGUAACAGCAACAUGCCCAACUACAACUUAAAGAUCACCGGCUUCGAAGUCAAGGACGCCCGUUUCCCUACCUCCCUCGAGGGUGACGGCUCUGACGCAAUGAACCCAGCAUGCGAUUAUUCCGCCGGCUACUGUAUCCUCAAGACUGACGGCGAGCUCGUCGGUCACGGCAUGACCUUCACCAUCGGCCGCGGCACCGACAUCGUCUGCAUGGCUAUCAAAUACCUCGCCGCCCGACUUGUCGGUAAAUCUCUCGACGAGCUCGUGGAAGACAUGGGCAAAACUUGGCGCCACCUUGUCUCUGACUCUCAAUUACGCUGGAUCGGGCCGGAGAAGGGUGUUAUUCAUCUUGCGUUGGGUGCGGUGGUGAACGCGCUUUGGGAUUUGUGGGCGAGGGUAGAGGGGAAGCCGGUUUGGAAAUUGGUUGGGGAUAUGACGCCCGAGGAGAUUGUGCGGUGCAUCGACUUCAGAUACAUUUUGGAUGCGAUCACGCCGGAGGAGGCCAUCCAGAUGUUGACGGACGCCAGGGAAGGAAGGGAGGAGAGGUUGAGGGAGGUGGAGGAGUCGAGGGCGGUGCCGGCGUAUACUACUUCUGCGGGAUGGUUGGGGUACAGUGAGCAGAAGAUGCAGGAACUACUCAAGGCAACUAUGGCGGAGGGAUUCAACCACUUCAAGUUCAAGGUCGGAGGCGGGUUGGAUGCUGACCGCCGCAGAUUAUCACUCGCGAGAGACGUCAUUGGGUAUGAUAAGGGGAACGUACUCAUGGUCGAUGCAAACCAGGUUUGGAGUGUACCGGAGGCAAUUGAGUAUAUGGCUCAGUUGAAGGACUUCAAGCCGUUGUUUAUUGAGGAGCCGACGUCACCGGAUGAUAUUCUCGGACACGCGGCGAUCAGGAAGGCGUUGCAGCCCUUGGGGAUUAAGGUCGCCACGGGCGAACAUGUACAGAACAGGGUUAUGUUCAAGCAACUUCUGCAAGCCGGCUCCAUCGAUUUCUGCCAGAUCGAUGCGUGCCGACUCGGUGGUGUAAACGAAGUCCUCGCCGUCCUCCUCCUCGCAAAGAAGUUCAACGUCCCCGUCGUGCCGCAUUCGGGCGGUAUCGGACUCCCCGAAUACACUCAGCAUCUCUCAACCAUCGAUUAUCUCUGCGUAUCAGGGAAAAAAUCGAUUUUGGAGUAUGUGGAUCAUCUGCAUGAACACUUCUUGCAUCCGAGUAGGGUAGAGAAGGGGUAUUUUGUUACGCCGAUGGAAGCGGGGUAUUCGAUUGAGAUGAAGGAAAAUGCAUUUGAGGAGUUUGAGUUCCCGGGGGGCAAGUUCUGGAAGAGUGAUGCGGCAAAGCCGAUUUUAGAGGGGCCGUUUAUCUGAGGGCUCAGAACGUAUGCUAAUAACUUAAAGCUACUGUUAAGAAGACCCUAUCGCCUACAAAGUUUAAGAUAUAUUUUUCUUUUACACGAAC